AUGGCUAGCAAGGUCGACCGUAUAGUAGCCCGGCUACAGGCCAAGAUCGAAGAGGGCGACUACUACGAGGCCCAGCAGCAGACCCGUGUCGCCGCCUCCCGCUACAUCAAGACGUCGAACUGGCCCGCCGCCAUCGACAUCCUCUCGAAUGUGGCUCAGGCUCUGCUUCGCGCUGGCCAGGGUGGCAGCGGAGGCGAUCUGUGCAUCAUGCUGGUCGAUGUCUACAAGCAGGCGGAACUAAAGCCCGAUGCUACUUCCAAGGGGAGACUGCUUACGUGCCUACGGCUGUUCGAUGCCGAGGAGCCUACGAGGAAGAAGUUUGUUGGCGAGAUUAUUGCGUGGUCAGCCAAGUUCGGCGAGUAUCCCGCCGGAGACCCAGAACUUCACCACGUUGCCGGAUCGCUCUACGCCGAGGAACAUGAGACAUACGAGGCGGAGAAACAUUUGAUAUUGGGUACCAAGGAUUCGCCCGAGGUUCUGACAAAGAUGGAGUAUACGUGGUACAAGGAGGGCGAGCCUCACACGGCAGCCCUUUUCGCUGGUCGCGCCGUUCUCCCCUACCUCCUUAUUGGCAACGUCCGCGCUGCCAACACUUGCUACCGUGUCUUUACCAGCGCACUCUCCAGCGACAACCCGAAUAUCGGCGUCCAGGACGUGUCGAGCGCCGCCGGUGAUAUCCGCAUCUUCCCCAGCAUCCCCCUCCUCAACUUCCUGGGCUUCCUUCUCCUUGCCGUCCAGCGGGGUGCGCCUGAGCUCUUCCGGGCGCUCGUGUCCAAGUACGCGACACAGAUCAACGAGGCCGGGACGUGGGGCGAGGCGCUCGAGAUGGUUGGGGAGAUGUACUUUGGUCUGGCUAAGCCCCGGCAGAGCAACCCUCUAAUGGAUAUGAUGAGCGGCUUCUUUGGCGGAGCCGGCGGUCAGGAGCAGCCGAAGCGGAGACAGGUCACGCAACGGCCAGAUGCUCCCGCUGCUGAGGGCCUGGACUAG